AUGGCAGGGGAGAAGAAGAAGCCUAGCCGGAUUGCUCCAAUUGCACUGGAACCAGAGAUUGCGUUGACUCGAGAAGAAACAGAAGAAAAAGAGGUGAUGGAACCAGAGAUUGCGUCCACCUCGGAGCCAAAAAAACAGGGGACCUUGCAUAUUAAUAUUCCGUUCACUAAAGCAAUUGAGGAGAUGCUCGCAUAUGCAAAGUUUCUAAAGGAUAUGAGUGCAAAAUCUAUCAUCCCACCAAAAAUGCACGACUCUGGGAGUUUCACUAUACCUUUCUCUAUUGGAGGGUUAUACAUCGGUCAAGCGCUAUGCGAUCUCGGGGCCAACAUUAACUUGAUGCCCCUGUCAAUUUUCAAGCAGUUGAAUGUGGGGCAACUUGCGCCCACGACGGUGACUCUCCAAUUAACGAAUAGAUCUCUUGUGCAUCCAGAGGAGAAGGUGAGGAAUGUUCUAGUUACAAUAGAAAAAUUUAUAUUACCAACAAACUUUAUCAUCAUGGACUAUGAAACAGACAAAGAUGUGCCCAUCAUCCUAGGGCGACCAUUCUUAUCCACCGAUCGCGCCCAGAUUGAUGUGCACAAAGGAGAUAUCACGCUGAGCGUGAAUGGACAGAAGCUCAGGUUUGACAUUAUCUGA